CUCCCUAUCAUACAGAAACACAAGCACAUCGCCUAACAAUCCUCUGUGUUUCCAUUGGUUCAUCUCCCCUGCAGCCAUGGAACUCUCUCUUUGCCAUUUGAUAUUUGAUAUUUGCCAUCUUCUGAUCGAGAUUAUCACCUAAACUUCUGUAUUAUUUCACGCUGUGUGCAGUGGUUACAUAGAAGAUCCUAGCGCCGGGUUUGCUUACGAGGGGUGGCUAGAAUGUCGACUCCUGCUCGGAAGAGGCUGAUGAGGGAUUUCAAGAGGUUACAACAGGAUCCUCCUGCAGGAAUCAGUGUAGCACCCCAAGACAAUAAUAUAAUGCUGUGGAACGCUGUAAUAUUUGGUCCGGAUGACACCCCAUGGGAUGGAGGUACUUUCAAAUUGGCUCUACAAUUUUCAGAGGAUUAUCCUAAUAAACCACCAACCGUGCGAUUUGUAUCUCGUAUGUUCCACCCAAACAUUUAUGCCGAUGGAAGUAUCUGCUUGGACAUCUUACAAAAUCAGUGGAGUCCUAUCUAUGAUGUUGCUGCUAUUCUUACCUCCAUCCAGUCGUUGCUUUGUGACCCGAACCCAAACUCUCCUGCCAAUUCAGAGGCUGCACGAACAUUCAGUGAAAAUAUACGCGAGUACAACAGGAGAGUACUAGAGAUCGUUGAGCAGAGCUGGACAGCUGACUGACUAAAUAUACGAUCCAUAUGUUAUAUAACCUCUUGUUACAUUACGUCGCCAUUCUUAGCAUACAAAUCAAAAUAGUCCAAUAGGAAUCCAUAUUGGUUCAUGGUUAAUAGGUUAUUAAAUAUUUAAUAAAUACGGGGAAAUUAGUAAGAAAAUGUUGACAUGGGAGUUACAUU